CUGAACCCCAAAAGACCCUGUACGCCCGCUUCCUCCAUGGACGUACUGGUGACUCACCAGCUCAAUGCGCUCAAUGGCUCCCUGGUCAAGCUGUCCUGCACCUUCACGUCCUGCUACAAGGUGGACAACAGCAAGUUUGCCAUGAAUUGGACCUAUCAGGAAUCACUCAACGACACGUCAGAGAUGAUGUUCAUGACCUACAAACACCGGAUAACUCCGCUGCGGACGGAGAGAUUUCAGGACCGGGUGAUGUUUGCCGGGAACCUGGACAAGAACGACGUGUCCGUCACCAUCUCCGACGUGCAGCUCUCCGACGAGGGGAUCUAUAACUGCUACGUGCGCAAUCCCCCCGACCGCCAGCAGGGGCACGGGAUCAUCAAACUCGUCGUCCUCACAGAACUGCCCCCGCCACGGGACUCCACCAUCGCGGUGGCCAUCGGGGCUUCGGUGGGGGGCGUGCUGGCCGUGCUCAUCCUCUCCAUGGUGGUGGUGAAGUGCGUGCGGCGGAAGCGGAAGCAGGAGCUCAUCUCUGACGAGCAGAAGAUCGAGGAGGAGGGCAAGACUGAUGGGGAAGGAGGCGCCGAGGAGGGCACCAAACAUGUAUAUUCCUUGCCUGAAGACACAUAUUAAACCUUGCUUGAAUCAUCGUCCUGUGACUGAACCCCCCACCCCAUCCCCCCACCUGGCUCCGCCCCGCCACAGGAUGUUUCAGCACCCCCUUCUCAGUCACUACCUGUAGACAUCUUGGCUCUUCCCCUCCCAGUUGCAAACCGCAGCUGAGAGAAAGAAAACAACUGAAGCCAUUCGGUGCAACACAAGGUUUCAAGCUGCAUCCUUUCUCCCCGCAGACUCAUGUUGGACUGGGACUUUGGGGUCGUUAGGGGUUAAACAAGGAAUGUUGGUAUUAUUACUUUUUAAGAACUCGCUCUUCUUUUCUCUCUAACCUGUUCCACCCACAUUUGUCUGUCUUGUUUCUCUCUCCCAGUGAUUGCCACAAGCAUUUGCCUCCCCAGACUAACAGACAAUGUGAAGGAAAAUGUUCUGUUGAAGGGAGCAUCCAAAAAGAACUCACAGAAACAUAUUGCUGCCUUAGUUUUCUUUAUUAGAAAUGGGUGCGAAUUCCACUUUGGUGAGCAAAUGUGUGGGCAUGGCUAUCAAUCCCAUAUCUACAUCCAUCUUCUGUCUCUUUCUCUCAGAUUCCUAAUGUUCCUCUUCUCUUUCCUGUGCUGACCAUUCUGGUGUGGGGUCAAAGGGCCAUUCUCUCUGACAGCUAGUGUAAGUGAUUGUGUGUAGGUGUGCCUGAAUGAGACAUUAGCAUUUAUGGUGGCGUGUUUUUUAGCCCCGGUGUAGCUGGUUUGAGAAUGGUUUGAUUGCGCCGGAUGCAUACUGACAUUUCGUGUGUGUGGAAGUGCUGCUUUCUUAUGCAGGUUUUUAUGUGUAGGUUGUAAGCUCUGUGACUGUGUGUGAGUGGUAGGUGUGAUCGCGUAGCGUGUGGGACUGUCUCUGAUGUGCCCGAGUGUCUGGGUCUUGUCUGAAUGUGUCAGACUUACUCCCUGAGCAGAGCUGCCAGGGUUAGCCACAUUACCUGUGCUCUGAACCCAGGUUUACAAUAUCACUGGUUCCUUUACUUGCAUCGCUUGCAUACACAUGUUGUAGCCAAACAUUAGCAUUUUGAAUAUUGUUAUUAGUGUCAUACAUUAGCAUGCGAUGAAACAGAAGUAUUCUUUUAACACACAAUGGCAGGCACACCUCUGUCCAAUUAGGAUUCCAUGUAUUUUUGCUGGAGUAUGAGGGAAUUGGUAAAGCGUUGAUCUUUUAGAAUAUGCUCAGGCCUGAUCAGAAAAUCCAACUUUUCCCCUUAGCUUACACCCCUCCUCACAUUCACCUAGUCUCACACGCACUAACACAACACACACACACACAAAAACACACACACAUACACA